AGGAAAGACGUCCCGUACAUGGUCCUGUCCGACAGAGGGUCUGAAUUCCAGUACAGGGAUGAAUCGACACGAGAACGAAAUGCUUAGGACGUUUGGAAUGAUUCUACUUUUACAUUGACACCGUAAUUAGCAAGUGAUAUACCUGUAAACAUCGAAUCAUGCCAUUACUUGAUAUACGAGGAGUUAAUGUGAACUUCCCUUUUGACCCUUACCCAUGUCAGGUUGACUACAUGAACAAAGUCAUCGAGUGCCUACAGAAGGAUGUGAAUGGUGUAUUGGAAAGUCCGACAGGUACAGGUAAAACACUGUGUCUAUUGUGUUCAUCUCUGGCAUGGCAGGAGAGUCGGAAAGCUCAAACAGAGCUUAAUAAACAGGUGAGUGUGUCCCACUUGUUGGGUUCUGGUGCUGACAACCUCUCUGCAAAGUCUAUUGAGGGCAUAGCUAAAAGUCUGGAAAACUCCACCGGAACAUCAUGGGGAGGUAGUGACUUUGCUGUACCAAAGAUCAUCUAUGCAUCACGUACACAUUCACAGCUGUCACAAGUGAUACAAGAGUUGAAAAGAACAGCUUAUAACAGUGUUAAAGUGAGUGUAAUUGGGUCACGAGAUCAGCUUUGUAUUCAUGAGCAGGUGAAAAAAGAACAAAACAACACAAACAAGGUGCACAUGUGUAGAGCAAAAGUGAAUGCAAGAACAUGUUACUAUUACAAUCAUCUCGAUGAUUUGAAAAAGAACUCAGAGCCGCGGGUGAUGAUGGGAAAUGUUGUGGAUAUAGAAGACCUUGUUGGAUAUGGACAGAAGAACAAAGUCUGUCCGUAUUAUAUGGCACGAGAGCUGAAAUCUGAUGCUGAUAUAACCUUCAUGCCAUAUAACUACCUUCUAGAUCCCAAGACUAGAAAAGCUCACGGUGUUGAAUUACAAGGCAGUGUUGUGAUAUUUGAUGAAGCUCAUAAUUUGGAGAAGAUAUGUGAAGAUAGUUCAUCAUUUGACCUAAAGCCUGGUGACCUUGCCACAGCAAUAGAAGAGGUCACAAGGUUGGCUGAGAAGAUGCUUGAGAUGUAUAAAUCAGAACAGAUGUCGGAAUCUCAAUUUGAUGACCCUUCUGCUGGUGCUGAAUUACCUGAUUUUACAGUGGAUGAUUUGUUAAGGCUUAAAGCUACACUUGUAGACCUUGAAGAAGAGAUUGAUAAAAUAGAUGUCCCCUAUAACAGUAAAGGGAUAACCAAACCUGGCAUGUUCAUGUAUGAAUUGUUAGCAAAGGCAAACAUUGUCUAUGGGAACAAGAAUAUAAUAGUGGACACCCUGGACAAGAUUGUCAGCUAUGUUACAGCAGAUGCUUCAGGAGCUGGAACUGGGUUGUCAAAGGGAGCUGGUCUCUCAAAAAUUACAGACAUACUCAAGAUUAUCUUUAGUCAAGAUUUGGCACCAGGCAGUUCAUUAAUAGAACAUCAGGAGAAAACAGCUAGGUCGUACAAGGUUCAUUUACAAAGAGAAGACAUUGGAAAGAAAAAGAAGCAAAUGGAUUUAUGGACAAACUCCUCUGCUGCAGAGAAAUCAGGGAAGACAUUAAGUUACUGGUGUUUUAGUCCGGGACACAGUAUGAAUGACCUGAAGGCACAUGGUAUUAAAUGUAUUGUACUGACUAGUGGUACCCUAUCUCCGCUCUCAUCAUUUACUGCAGAAAUGCAGGUACCAUUUCCAGUACAGUUAGAGAAUCCACAUGUCAUACAGAAACAUCAAGUAUGGGUGGGUACUAUGAGGAAAGGUCCAGAUGGUACAGUAUUGAACUCAAACUUCGAAACUAGAUUCAAUCCUUCUUACCAGUCUUCUCUGGGAAACUGUAUAGUAAACCUUGCACGGGUCACUCCCAAUGGACUCCUGAUAUUUUAUCCCUCCUAUCCUGUUAUGGAGAAAUGUCUUGAACAUUGGAAGGAAACAAACAUAUGGACAAGGAUUGAACAGUACAAACAGAUUUUUGUAGAGUCAAGGUCCAAAGGUGUUCUAAAUGAUUUGAUGAAUGACUUUUACAGUAAGAUCAAUGACCCGUCUCUGAAUGGAGCUAUUUUUAUAGCUGUCUGUAGAGGAAAGGUUAGUGAGGGCCUGGAUUUCUCUGAUAUAAAUGGAAGGGCUGUAGUUAUAACAGGUCUCCCUUACCCACCUUACCUUGACCCUAAAGUUGUCCUAAAAAUGCAGUACCUUGAUGAGAUGAAAGGAAAACAAGGAUUUCAGAGUUUGUCAGGGAAAGAAUGGUACAAACAACAAGCUUCCAGGGCUGUGAAUCAGGCUAUAGGCAGAGUGAUUAGACAUAAGGAAGACUUUGGUGCUAUUAUUCUCUGUGAUACCAGGUUUGCCAAUCCUGAUGCGGUGAGACAACUACCAGUGUGGGUCAGACCUCAUGUAAACAAGUAUGAUGCCUUUGGUCUAGCUCUCAAAGAUGUGAUGGUGUUCUUUAAAACAGCUGAGAAAAUGAUGCCAGCUCCGAAACCACCCAAGAGGUCAGUGUCCUCUAGUUCUCACGGUGCUUACUUUAUGCCAACUAUUACACGAUCAGGACAUGCCGGACCAAGUGGUAUUCAACCAGCACAUGCUGUGAUGCAACAUGUACCAAGCUUAAAACAUAGAGGUGAAUCUGUUAGUAAUGACAAGUUACGAGAACAGUAUCAAAGUGCAGGGAGGUCAGCUUCAUCAUCAUCACAGAAAAGCUUGUUUUCUGCUCUUGAUCAUUCAGAGAAACAUCAAGAAGAAAGAUUGCCUACAUCACCGCUACCAUCUUUACAACAAAGCUCAACAAGUGGUGCAUUAAGAAAGCAGCAAAGUAAAAAGAAAAUUGUAAUAAAGAAACGUGCCAGUGAAUCAGCACCUAUAAUACAAGAGAGUACAGAGGUAUCUUCUAAAGUUUCAAUGUCACAUCUGAACUCGGCUGAAAGUUAUAUUGCAGAGGUGAAGAGCACACUAAGUGGAGAUUCCUAUAAGAUGUUCUCACGAGCAUUGGUGGAGUACAAGAAGACUGAAGAUAUAGAUAAAGUUAUAGAAGUUCUGGCUACACUCUUCACAGAUGAUACAGCCAAACAUCAUCUGUUUGCAAAAUUUUACAGAUUUGUAAGGGCUAAACAUAAAGAGCAUUUUCACAUAAUGUGUCAGGAACUAACUGGGUUAGCAACAGGUUAUAAAGCAGAGGAUACUGUAAACAAGAAAAGAUUACAGGACAAUAUAGCCUGUCAUGGUAUAAUAGAUUAA